AUGGUGGUUUCCAAAUCUGCACCUGACCAAGACUUUGCAAUUACAAAUCUGGAGGUUGUUAUUGGUAAUCAGAAGAACAAUAUCCUUCAUGAAAACAAUUCACAACUACUGAGCAACGUCAUAGCAAUUGCGCCCAAUGCUGUGAGUCAGGCACCGAGUUCAUCACACGUUGUUCAAGGUGAAAAUUCAAAAAUUGAAAACCAGAACAUGCCUGCUAGUCAAAGACAAGACACAUCAGCUUUAGCUCUUUCCAAUACUACUGAUAAGACGACUGCUUUUCCCAGAAAUAAUGGGAUGGGCAAACCCAGUUUGGAUCCUAACAGACCCAACUCAUGGUCACAAAUCCUGCAAACCAAACAACAAGUCUCCUACCCUGCAGUUGGCAAAGAAGUCCCUGAAGUCAUGCCAAUUGAAUCCGCCAACAGAUUUGCUGAAUUGAAAAAGGAAGAAGAUAGUCCUCCAAAUAAUUGCAGCCCUUCCAGAAGUCAAGAGGAGCAAGUAUCGGCUUCUUCCUUUGAUAAUUCUUUCCUCAAAGAUUUGGUAGCCUCUAAAAGUAAGAAGAAAAAGAAGAAGAAGCUCUCCAUAAAGUCUGGUAGCACUAAGCUAUUUGGGUGA